AUGGCUGCCCCGCACCGCCAGCCGGAGGACGCUAUCGAUGAUGCCGACUUCAUCGAGGACCACGCUGGGCAUCACCAGGACUCUGUCCACCGGCGCCUGCGUGCCAACUCGACGAUUAUGCACUUCCAGAAGAUCUUAGUCGCCAACCGAGGUGAAAUUCCCAUUCGUAUCUUCCGAACAGCUCACGAGCUGUCCCUGCAGACGGUCGCUGUGUUCUCCCAUGAGGACCGCCUGUCCAUGCAUCGUCAGAAGGCCGAUGAGGCCUACAUGAUUGGCCAUCGUGGCCAGUACACCCCCGUCGGUGCCUAUUUGGCCGGCGACGAGAUCAUCAAGAUCGCCCAGGAGCACGGCGUGCAUCUGAUCCACCCUGGCUACGGCUUCCUCUCGGAAAACGCCGAAUUUGCCCGGAAGGUCGAGAAAGCAGGCAUCGUUUUCGUGGGUCCGACCCCCGACACCAUUGACGCCCUGGGUGACAAGGUCUCUGCCCGUCGGGCGGCCAUCAAGUGCCAGGUCCCGGUUGUUCCCGGCACGGAGGGCCCCGUCGAGCGCUUCGAGGAGGUCAAGUCCUUCACUGAUGAGUAUGGCUUCCCCAUCAUCAUCAAGGCCGCCUUCGGUGGUGGUGGCCGUGGUAUGCGUGUCGUCCGCAACCAGUCGGAGCUGCGCGAUUCCUUCCAGCGUGCCACCUCCGAGGCCAAGACUGCCUUCGGCAACGGUACUGUCUUCGUCGAGCGCUUCCUCGACAAACCCAAGCACAUUGAGGUCCAGCUGCUCGGUGACAACCAGGGUAACGUCGUCCACCUGUUCGAGCGUGACUGCUCCGUUCAGCGUCGUCACCAGAAGGUCGUCGAGAUUGCCCCCGCCAAGGACCUCCCCGUCGAUGUCCGUGACAAGAUUCUGGCCGAUGCCGUCAAACUGGCCAAGUCGGUCAAGUACCGCAACGCCGGUACCGCCGAGUUCCUGGUCGACCAGCAGAACCGCUACUACUUCAUUGAGAUCAACCCCCGUAUCCAGGUCGAGCACACCAUCACCGAGGAGAUCACUGGCAUUGAUAUCGUCGCUGCUCAGAUCCAGAUUGCCGCCGGUGCUACUCUGGAGCAGCUCGGCCUGACCCAGGACCGCAUCUCCACCCGUGGUUUCGCCAUUCAGUGCCGUAUCACUACUGAGGACCCCUCCAAGGGCUUCUCCCCCGACACUGGUAAGAUCGAGGUCUACCGCUCCGCCGGUGGUAACGGUGUCCGUCUGGACGGUGGUAACGGGUUCGCCGGUGCCAUCAUCACCCCUCACUAUGACUCCAUGCUGGUCAAGUGCACAUGCCGUGGCUCCACCUACGAGAUUGUGCGCCGCAAGAUGCUGCGUGCUCUUGUUGAGUUCCGUAUCCGCGGUGUCAAGACCAACAUUCCCUUCCUCGCUUCCCUACUGAGCCACCCCGUCUUCAUUGAUGGUACCUGCUGGACUACUUUCAUUGAUGACACCCCCGAGCUCUUCGCUCUGGUCAACUCUCAGAACCGUGCCCAGAAGCUGCUCACCUACCUCGGUGAUGUUGCCGUCAACGGCAGCAGCAUCAAGGGCCAGAUCGGCGAGCCCAAGUUCAAGGGCGAGAUCAUCAAGCCCAUCCUCAAGGAUUCUGCGGGUAACGCCCUUGACGUUUCGCAGCCCUGCCAGAAGGGCUGGAAGCAGAUUAUUGACUCCCAGGGCCCCGACGCCUUCGCCAAGGCUGUGCGCGCCAACAAGGGCUGCUUGCUCAUGGACACCACCUGGCGUGAUGCCCACCAGUCGCUGCUCGCCACCCGUGUGCGUACUAUUGACAUGCUCAACAUCGCCCACGAGACUAGCCACGCUCUCCAGAACGCUUACAGUCUGGAGUGCUGGGGUGGCGCUACCUUCGACGUCGCCAUGCGGUUCCUCUACGAGGACCCCUGGGACCGUCUGCGCAAGCUCCGCAAGGCCGUUCCCAACAUUCCCUUCCAGAUGCUGCUGCGCGGCGCUAACGGUGUUGCCUACUCCUCCCUUCCCGACAACGCCAUCUACCACUUCUGUAAGCAGGCUAAGAAGUACGGUGUUGACAUCUUCCGUGUCUUCGAUGCUCUCAACGACGUCGACCAGCUCGAGGUCGGCAUCAAGGCUGUUCAGGAGGCCGGUGGCGUGGUCGAGGCCACCAUCUGCUACAGCGGUGACAUGCUGAACCCCGCCAAGAAGUACAACCUCGAGUACUACCUCUCCCUGGUUGACCGUAUCGUCAAGUUGGGCACCCACGUUCUGGGUAUCAAGGAUAUGGCCGGUGUUCUGAAGCCCCAGGCCGCUCGCCUGCUGGUCGGCUCCAUCCGUGAGCGCUACCCCGACCUCCCCAUUCACGUUCACACCCACGACUCCGCUGGUACCGGUGUGGCUUCCAUGAUUGCCUGCGCCCAGGCUGGCGCUGACGCCGUCGAUGCCGCCACCGACAGCUUGUCCGGUAUGACCUCUCAGCCCAGCAUCGGUGCCAUCUUGGCCUCGCUUGCCGGCACCGAGCAGGACCCCCAGCUCGACGCUGCUCAUGUCCGUGCCCUGGACACCUACUGGGCUCAGCUCCGUCUCCUCUACUCUCCCUUCGAGGCUGGUCUCACCGGCCCUGACCCCGAGGUCUACGAGCACGAAAUCCCCGGUGGCCAGCUGACCAAUUUGAUCUUCCAGGCCAGCCAGCUCGGUCUCGGCCAGCAGUGGGCACAGACCAAGAAGGCCUACGAGCAGGCCAACGACCUCCUCGGUGACAUCGUCAAGGUUACCCCGACCUCCAAGGUCGUCGGUGACCUGGCCCAGUUCAUGGUCUCCAACAAGCUGACCCACGAGGACGUCAUCGAGCGCGCCGGCGAGCUGGACUUCCCUGGCUCCGUCCUCGAGUUCCUCGAGGGUCUCAUGGGCCAGCCCUUCGGCGGCUUCCCCGAGCCCCUUCGCUCCAGGGCCCUCCGCGACCGCCGCAAGCUCGAGAAGCGCCCCGGUCUGUACCUCGAGCCCCUCGACCUGCCCGGCAUCAAGAACCAGAUUCGCGAGAAGUUCGGCGCUGCGACUGAAUGCGACGUGGCUUCCUACGCCAUGUACCCCAAGGUGUUUGAAGACUACCGCAAGUUCGUGCAGAAGUUCGGCGAUCUCUCCGUUCUGCCCACGCGCUACUUCCUGGCCAAGCCCGAGAUCGGUGAGGAGUUCCACGUCGAGUUGGAGAAGGGCAAGGUCCUCAUUCUCAAGCUCCUCGCUAUCGGUCCCCUCUCCGAGCAGACUGGUCAGCGUGAGGUCUUCUAUGAAGUCAACGGUGAAGUCCGCCAGGUCAGCGUCGAUGACCAGAACGCUUCCAUUGACAACAUUGCCCGCCCCAAGGCCGAUGCCGCGGAUAGCAGCCAGGUCGGCGCCCCCAUGAGCGGUGUCGUUGUUGAGAUUCGGGUGCACGACGGUCACGAGGUGAAGAAGGGUGAUCCUAUUGCGGUGCUGAGCGCCAUGAAGAUGGAAAUGGUUAUCUCUGCUCCUCACAGCGGCAAGGUCUCCGGCCUUCUCGUCAAGGAGGGUGACUCCGUCGACGGCCAGGACCUCAUUUGCAGGAUUGGCAAGGCGUAA